AUGCUUUUGAAAGGAACUCCAGAAACAACACGAAUAAGAGGUUGUUCAAAUCUGCAUCUGCUAGAAUUUUUCGUGAAUCUGUCAACAUCGAAUGUGUCAGAAGCUCGAGGUUUAGUGGUGGACAUGCUGGCAAAUCGAGACCUGCCGCCAAACGUCGUUUCAUGCCUGCGGGCAGUUGCUACGCUUCUAAAUCCUCAUACGGUGAGCCUAUUUGCUGCCGACAAUUUCUCGUCACUCUCUUCAUUCAAUCCUCUCUCGCUGCACUCUUUCAACGACUUCGGGCUUCCCUGUGUUGUUGAGAAUCCCUACAGCGGCGAGCAGCUGAUCGUCUCAAAUGUGAGUAGUUUAGUAGCUACGUGA